GCAUGCGCGAUGCAGUGACGUGUCGGCUGGCUGGACCGUGUCAAACGGAGAAGGAUGUAAAAAUGAUUAAAAACACCGCGGAUAGAUUUACAAAGCUAAGUUGUGGUAGGCCAAAGCGAUAGUUGGAGUAACGUAGCCCUUCGAGGUGAUACGCGUCUUAUCAUUUAUCGUUUGGUUGGUACUUUUAAGUUGGGCCGAGGAAAAGUUGAUUUGAAUCACUUCUGAACCCGCGACACUGUCGUUGAGCUAACUUUUAGCGACGCUCGCGCUCGAGCUAACCGCAGUCGGUAAAGCAGUACUAGGGCUAGACACUUCACAGGACUAUGACCGUAUCGUCGAUGCGAAACGAGCUAACUUUCCGUUGAGGUAAAUUAUUUUAUGUAGUCUUGAGUCUAGAUCAGAAACCGAGCGAGUAGUUGGCAGCAGCGCUAAAAAUAAUAUAAAAAUGUCGCGGAGACGGUUGGACAGUCGCUGCGGACUCUCCGCUGGACUACUGGGGGAAAGUCAGACCCCAGUCCACACAGAACCGAUGGAGGGUGUUUAUGAAGUCACCGGAGAGCUGGGAAGGGGGAAAUUUGCUGUAGUGAAGCGCUGUGUGGAGAAAGCAUCAGGGAAAGUGUUUGCUGCCAAGUUUCUACGAAAAAGGAGGAGAGGUCGUGAUUGCCGGGCUGAAGUAAUCCAUGAGAUGGCUGUCCUGGAGCUGGCUCGCAAUAACGCCCGGGUGGUCAACCUGCACAGUGCUCAUGAGACGGAUCAUGACAUCGUCCUAAUUCUCGAAUAUGCUGCCGGUGGUGAGAUAUUUGAUCUCUGUGUGUCAGAGGAGAUGCUCCCGGAGCCUCAGAUAACCCGGCUGAUCAGGCAGACUUUGGAGGGAGUUCACAACCUCCACCAGAGCAACCUCGUCCACUUGGACCUAAAGCCCCAGAAUAUCCUCCUUACCAGCCAGUUGCCUCCAGGAGACAUAAAGAUUGUGGACUUUGGUUUGGCACGCAGACUGGGUGCGGUUGGAGAGCUCAGAGAGAUUCUUGGAACACCUGAGUAUGUGGCUCCAGAGGUCCUUAAUUACGAGCCAAUCACAACAGCCACAGACAUGUGGAGUGUGGGGGUUAUAGCCUACAUGCUGGUGACUGGUGAGUCUCCAUUUGCUGGCGAUGACAAGCAGGAGACGUACCUGAACGUGUCCCAGGUGAAUGUGGACUACAGCAAGGAGGCCUUCUCCAAGGUGUCUGAGCUUGCAGUGGACUUCAUCCAGAAGCUGCUGGUUAAAGCACCUGAGGACCGGCCCACUGCUGCAGAGUGCAUGACUCACCCCUGGCUGUGGCAGCAGCAGCUUUGCCUAAGCCCAGAGCCCAUGAUCAUCCGCCCAGUUCGAGAGAGGAGCUGUGGCGUCAAGUGGGCCGCGCCACUCGAGGACCCCGAAGACAAGGAAAACAUUCUGGAGUCGCCCCACUCUCAUGCAAAGAAGUUUCGCUUUGACGAGGACACUCCAGCCCCCGGCGACGGUGACUUUUGACAACAUACCAAAAAAAAAAUAAAAGAUGGAGGAAGGGAUUGAGUUAAGGCAGGGAUGUCCACUGCUUCCUUUGUGCUUUUAAAUGGUUUUAAGCUCCUGUUUUCUGCCACCCCACUACUUUCAGAUGUUGUCCUGAUUUCCUAAUUAAUUGACCACUCAACCAAAGAUAGCAGUUUAGUAAUUUCAACAAAACCUGCGUGGGAAACGUGACGCUGUACAGUAUGCCUCAAUUAUUGCAGUAUAUUUAAUCUAAAGUAUUUAAUUCUUUGAUGGGAUCUGUUUUCACCCAACGACAUGAUGUUGUCCCUGUACUUAUGAAGGUUAGUUUGUAUUUCUAGUGAAAUUUGUGCAAUACUAGUGCAUUUACAAUGUAUAUCGGAAAGUGGGAAGCGUUGACAUCACCACCUCCCGUCCCUGUUUAGCUGCACUUGUUCUUCAGCAGAAUCUCAUUUCUAGAACAGCAUCUCUGCUAUGGAAGUGUGAUUGAUGUUGAAGAGUCUUUAGGGGGAGCGUGCUGUAAACAAAGUACUUGUCCAGGCUUUCAGGUUUGUAAAAUGUGCAACUUCACCAGCAAAAUGGCAGUUAUUUAAAGGUAUAUGACAUUCCUUUAAAGACUUGAUUUUUUCUUGUGUAACAAAACUACAUUUCCCUUAAUAUGCACUAGACGUUGAUGAUUGAAGAGUAGUUUGAAGAUUUUUUUGUUGUAAGAAAGACCUAAAUCUAUAUGUAGUGCCCAGUAAAUGAGCAUAAAAGCUUCUAAACUUAGUGUUAAUCCAGUGUUUACCCCCCAAGACAAAAGGAAAGCGAGGAGCCGGUUUGGGUAUUUUAGAACGAGUGCAAGACUUUUGUGAAGCUGAAACAAGCAAUGACUCAAACUGCAUGUAGUUCACAUUCCUAGCCCAACACGCCAGGUUCCUCUUUGACAAGCGGUGGAGAAACUCCACUUUAGCACUUACUUCAUAAAGUUCAAUCGAUGAACGGAAGCAGAGCUAUUUUCUGAAAGUCUGUUGUCCUCGGUGUGUCUCAGCCUUUCGCCAAAGCCAUUCAGCUAAAGCUACUCCAGUCCUCCUGGGUCAGGGUGCCUGAAGUGGUCACUUCCUGUUGUUUUCAUCUCAGGGUGUGCUGCUCACUCAUUUUUCUUUGUCUUUUUUUGUAUUCUUAAUGUUAUUCUUAUAGUCGUUAUUUAUGUGUUGGACGUUUAUUUUUAUGUAAAUAUUGUGUCUUAAAAGGAGGUGCCAAGAUAAAGUGUGUGGGGGGGGUGUAAUUAAACUAGAUGAUGUCGAGGUUCCAGGGAAAGAUCAGUAAAGGUUUUUGGAAUGUUGAAGGAUUGCUACUUUCUGGGAAGUACAUUAAAUGUGGCAUUUGACACGAGUUAGGUCAAGCGAGGUUGGAGGAAGAUGAUUAAUACGAAGGAACUAGAAAUGUUGGUUUUGAAUGAAGGAUUUGAAUAAAUAGUUUUGCUGUUCCGGUAACGGCCUGCACCAUAACUAUUCAUUUAGUCCUAAUGCGCUGGGAUAGAACUAAGAUGGUAAUGUGGAAGUUGGAAAGUUAAACUUUUUAGAUCCAAGGGGCUGUUGAAGUGAGGCGUUGAGACACAGAAUUUGUCAUUUCCGACUGAAAGCGCUGGCAGCUUCGCUUGCUCCUGACCUCCAGCAGCAUUCCUUGUUCCGUGCUGAGGUGCCAAACCAAAUAGUAACACAUUGUGUUUGUUGUUUUCAUCACUGUUGAGCACAAAAGCAUUGUGUUUGGAGGCUGCCACCGACCUCUGCAAAUGCUCUCAUCCUUAUGCCGUCAUCUUAAGAACUGGAAGACUGCUCUGUGCGAGUCACUAGACGGUAGAUGAUGGUGAAACUCAGACGAGCUGCAGAAUCGAUUCCUGACAUUCUGGAAUAUGUUUAGCUACUGUGUGAGAAAGAAGCUCGGUAAAUCAUUUUGCUGACCCUGCUUUGUGAAAAGUCUCUUGACGUCUUUAUUCCAGGCUGAAGCUCUUUGCUCUGGCAGCAAAAAUCUGUAAAAAUAUUCCAGACUGUAAACUACGGUAAACGGAUCUCAGAGUGGGUGUUUGGCGCGGAUUUGUCAAAGGGACGCAGUGACGGCUGCCUGUCACUUAAACAUGAUUCAUGCCACAGUUCAGAGUUGGAGGGUUUUUGUGCAGCUUUUUGUACGUAUUUCCAGCAGCGAGCUACUCUGUGGCCUCUGUGUGUGAGCGCUCAUUGUCCGAGCGCGAGGCGCUUCAGCCCGCACUCGUCCUGGGGAAGUAGAGCGCCGCUGAUGCCACAACAUUCCUGUUUGCUGGGUUUGAGCGCAGCGACACUGAAGCCUACUGUAUGCUAGAGUCAAACAAGCACAAGGAAAGAAAUAUUUAAGAGAUGUACCUUUAUUUUGCAUUUUAAAUAUUUUUAAAUGUAUGAGCGUUCUGAUUGAGUUUGUAAUUGAAAAGAAAAUUUGUAUAAUGAUCAUCUGCAGGCUAAUAUGUAGGCAUCACAAAAUGAACUGGAAAAGCUCAUUAAAGGUUAUAGAGAAACA